GGUUAAUAAACAUUGUUGUUAGGCGCAUGUUCGCUUUCAGUAUUUUUUUAUAAUUAAACAAAGAUUAUACAGUUAUUAUAAUAUUGAAUUAUAAAUUAAUUUGACACAUGCCCUGUCAGCUGGUGGCGUGACGGUCGUCCGAUUACCGUAACUAUUUUAUAAUUACUUCCACUUCUGUCGCGCAUAUAUAUUCACAGACUGCACAAUUAAAACAAACACUCUCUACUAUUACCUAAACUAGAGCCGUAAAUACAAAAUCAUCAGGACUAGGCAAGAAAACUGAAAUAGAAUCAUCAAAGCAUGUUUGUAAAUAUGAUGGGUCCACGAUCUUUGCUUUAGUACGGUAUUUCAGCAUGAAGGCGUUCCUGUUUCAAUAUGAGCGCUAUCGGUACAGAUGAUACAUGUGUAUAAGUGUGAGUAAAUGAAGGUAAAGCCAUGUCACCAGCAGAGCCGAGGAUUGUUCUGUUAUUCAGUGGAAAACGAAAAUCAGGAAAGGAUUAUGUGACUGACUUAAUGCAAAAAAGACUGACUUCAGAAAUGUGCUGCAUUAUCAGACUGUCUGGACCUCUCAAACAGCAGUAUGCUCAGGAUCAUAAUUUAAGCUAUAAGGAGCUCUUGGGUUCUGGUCAGUAUAAGGAGAAGUAUCGGGCCGACAUGAUUCAUUGGGGUGAGAUGAAGAGGCAGAAGGACUCUGGCUUCUUCUGUAGACUGGCCAUUAAAAAUGCCAUACAACCAAUCUGGAUAAUCAGUGACUGUAGAAGAUUAUCAGACGUGCACUGGUUUCUUAAGGAGUUUCCUGAUAAAUGCAUCUGCGUUCGUGUUGAGGCGUCUGAGAAAACACGAUCACAGAGGGGCUGGAGUUUUACUGCAGGUAUAGAUGAUGCUGAGUCUGAGUGUGGUUUAGAUGAGGGAGUGAAGUUUGACUGGAUCAUUCAGAACGAUGAAGAUGAUGUUCUGGAGAAACAGCUGCAGGGACUUUUGUCAUUGGUUAAAUAACAGGAGACCUCACAGAGGAUUAAACUAACUUGAUAAAGAUGUUUCACAUAUGUUGACUCUUCUUUGGAAGCUACAAGUAAUUAUGCAAACUAAAUCUGUUCUUUUACAUAAGUAAGGCAACACUACAAGCUAACCGCAACAAAUUUCCUUAAAGGUGCCAAGGAAUGAAUUGAAAUAAUCUGUUUAAUUGUUCUCUGAUAUUUACAUAUAAUGUAUGGGUCUUCAUCAAGUGCAAAAGGUUUAUGUUUUUUUUAUAAUGGACCUGCAAAACGUAACUGUAACAUCAAUAAACAUUAGCAGAUAGCAUAAAGUAGCAUAACUCAGCAGUCACAACAUAAUUGUAAUUAAUUUAAUGUGUAAUUUAAUGUUUGGGUGUACAUCUGGAUUGUAAUGUCACAGUUGGUGUUAUGUUGAGAUUGGUCUGUUUUCCAGCGGUCUUUUGCAUGCACAAGGUUUACACAAUCGUGUUUGAGGCUCACGAUAUUUCAUUACAUGUACAGAGCUCUCAUUAUUCAUCUAUGCCUAGGUAAAUGCAGUUUUACUUUCUACGGCAACUUUAAGUCUAAAAUAUUUAUUUUAAUAUCCCACAGUCAGGUGGCAAGUUAUUAAGAAUUUGCUGUUUUACACAAAACAAUGAGGGUUUGUAAGGGUGAUGCUGUUUAAACGAUUACAAGUUUAUUAACUUUCAGGGCAAGUAGUACUGCAGUGUUGAUGGAUUCUGAUGGCAUAAAAAUUUAGCUGUGAUUCAUGUGUUAAAUAGUAAUGCUGGGAUGUGUUACAACAUUAUCACAAAGCUGAGGAUCAACGUGUGCUGUUCAUGGCUUCAACAAAACUUCAUUUGUGCUGCUCUUGUAAACAGCAUUCUCUCUUUAUGUAAGACGAGUUUAUAUCAAGGAAAUAGAUGUGUUGAAAAGAUACGUUUUCAUUCAUGGAUUCAAAUAGGGUCUUGAAACACAAAAGUUUUGUGUGAUUUCAGUGUUUGAAAUGUUCUUGAAUUUUAAAGUUUUUUUAUUAUUAUUUCUUUAUCUGGAAUCUUAGGUAUAAUUUUAAUGAACAUUCCUCUUUGUAUUUUUUAACAAUAACUGAAGAUGAUGAGUAGGCUACAAACCUGUGGUUGUGUUGAGGAUCAACAGACAGAAAUGUAUACUGCUUCAUAUGCAAAAUAAGACUGAUGUGUGCGCUAUGAGAAUUUGUCCACGAGCUGUU